AUGGUCUUUUCUGCUAGGCUUCUUUUACUACUUGUAUUAGAAGAUUUCAUUGGGGGUUUCAUCCGGAGUACUCAAGAAAUUGGGUAUAGUUUUGCCUUUGAUAAAUCCAAAGCAGAGCUGACAGAGCUGGUGAAUAGUGAUGGCAGUAGUAGUAGUGAAUGUAAUAAGCUUCAUGAUUCGGAAGUUUUUCACAAGUGUUAUGAUAAAAUUGUUGAAGAAGGAACUGAAGCUGCUGCUGCUUCUAUUGCUGUUUGCGGGGGUGCUAUGGGUUGCAGUAGUCAUCCUCCUCCUGUUGAUUUUGUGGCAGAUCAUCCUUUCAUGUUCCUUAUAAGAAAGGAGGGAAGUGGUGCGGUGUUGUUCAUGGGGCAUGUCGUUAAUCCCUUGUUAGUUCAUGAUGGCGUGACAUGGGAUUAA